AUGAGUGAACAGAAUCAUAGAUAUGUAAGUUAUCAAGUAUUUGACUAUUCGAAUGUGUAUCCUCAGGGUUAUAUAUGUAAUUUCCCAGUUGAAAUCCCAUAUAUUCAUUGCUAUCCAAACUAUGCAUUAAAUAGCAUGAACAAUGGGUAUAUAUAUGCAAAUAUACCCUUAAAUAAUAAUACCCUUAGUCAAGUUGAGAAUAAUAAUCAUAUAAAAAAUUUUAAAGGAGUUAAUAAGGAUAUUUAUUUGAAGAGAUGGAGGAACACUAAUAUCAAAAGACCUAAAGACAAAAACAAAAACAAACUGAAUUAUUGCAAUGUUUGUGAUAAAGGAUUUAUUAGUCUCGAGAAGUACAAUUCUCAUAUAGAGGAAGAUCAUAUUAUAUGCGAUGAAAAGAAUUGCAAUUACUCGGCGCCGCUGGAAAUUCUUCAGUAUCAUAAGCUUAAACAUAUAAAGAAUGCUAAAGGACAAAGUAUUAUAGACUCGCCUGAAGAGGUAUCUAAAUGGGUAGAAGCUCGUAAGCUCUUAUAUCCAUACUCUAGCCCACGAAACAAUACAGUUAUUGUAUCCACUGAAGGUAAAAUGGUACCUAUUGUACAUUCAAAUGUAGAAAAUAAAAAUAAACUGAAAACUAUGAGUGCUUUAGAAAGGUUACUUAGAUCAAAAAUUGUAAAUCCCAAUAAUGAAAUACUGAAAUUUGAACCAAUUAGAUCAGCAUUUUAUCCUGCAAUUGAGAAAAUUUUGAAACCUCAUGUAAAUGAGAAUAAACUUAAUAGUACAUGUACAAAGUGCAGACCUGCAAAAAACAAGAAGAGGAGUGCAAAGUGCAAAUGUAAAGAUAAGCAUCAAGAUAAAAAAAAACUUUCAAUAAAUGGUGGAUAUAGACAGCCACUGCUGCUCAAACUAUUAGCACCAGAAAUACAGAGAUAUGAAGCUAAAUUAUUAGCUGCCAUAAAUUACAUAGUAGAAGACUUAUAUUCAAAUAGUAAAGUGUAA